GAGCUGGGCAGACCCUGCAGCCACCGCUCCAGCGAGCAACGCUCCGCACCUGCUGCCCUCGCCCGGCCCGGGGCUCCGCUGCCAUGCGGCUGGCGCUGCUCUGGGCCCUGGGGCUCCUUGGCGCGGGCAGCCCACUGCCUUCCCGGCCGCUCCCCAAUAUAGGUGGCACGGAGGAGGAGCAGGCAAGGCCAGAGGGGGCCUGGAGUGGACCCGUGGAGGUCCUUUCCCUUGGGGACCACCCGGAGUUCGGCCAAGCUGAGGUGCUGGAGACACACCCGCCUGAGGCCUUGCAGAUCAAACUGGAGCUUGAAGGGGAGAGUCAUGUCCUGGAGCUGUUGCCAAGCAGGGAGCUGGUCCCCGGCCGCCCAACCCUGGUGUGGUACCAGCCUGAUGGCACCCGGGUGAUCAGUGAGGGACACAGUUUGGGGAGCUGCUGCUUCCAGGGCCGGGUGCGAGGCCACGUGCACUCCUGGGCAUCCAUCUGCACCUGCUCCGGGCUCCGGGGUGUGGUGGUCCUGACCCCAGAGAGAAGCUAUGCCCUGGAGCUGGGACACGGGGACCGGGCAGCUUCUCCCCGCAUCUCUCGGAUCCGUGGCUCUCUGCUACCACGCCACACCUGCAUCUGGAACAGGCAGGGGCCUGUGCCCGGCCACGUUCCAACAGAGCCCCCCAGCAGACAACGCCGUGGCCGCCGGAAACGAGAUGUGGUGACAGAGACCAAAACCGUGGAGCUGGUGAUCGUGGCCGAUCAUUCUGAGGUGCAGAGGUACCCGGACUCCCAGCAGCUGCUGAACCGCUCGCUCGAGGUGGCGAUGUUCGUGGAUACGUUCUUCCGGCCCCUCAAUGUCCGGGUGGCACUCGUGGGCCUGGAAGCCUGGACCCAGCACGACCUGGUGGAAAUCAGCCAGGACCCUGGGGUCACUCUCGACAACUUCCUGCGCUGGCGCCGGAUAGACUUGCUGCCCAGACUACCACACGACAGUGCCCAGCUGGUGACUGCAACUGUAUUCUCUGGGCCGUCCGUGGGGCUCACCGUGCAGAACUCCAUCUGCUCCCCAGAGCUCUCGGGAGGCGUCAACAUGGACCAUUCCACCAGCAUCCUGGGAGUUGCCUCCUCCAUCGCCCAUGAGCUGGGCCACAGCUUGGGCCUGGACCAUGACUUGCCUGGGAACAGCUGCCCCUGUCCAGGCCCGGCCCCUGCCAAGACCUGCAUCAUGGAGGCGUCCACAGACUUCCUGCCGGGCCUGAAGUUUAGCAACUGCAGCCGCCAGGCGCUGGAGAGGGCCCUGCAGGCCGGCAUGGGCAGCUGUCUUUUUGACCAGACGUCUGGUCAGCGCGCCCUGGGCAGCCUGUGUGGAAACCAGCUUGUGGAGCCGGGGGAGCAGUGUGACUGCGGCUUCCCUGACGACUGCAAUGACCCCUGCUGUGACUACUUCACCUGUCAGCUGCGGCCAGGGGCGCAGUGUGCCUCCCAGGAACCCUGCUGUCAGAACUGCCAGCUGCGCCCUGCUGGCUGGCAGUGCCGCCCGGCCCGAGGGGACUGUGACCUGCCGGAAUUCUGCCCAGGAGACAGCGCACAGUGCCCCGCAGAUGUGGGCCUGGGGGAUGGCGAGCCGUGCGCCGGCGGCACAGCCGUGUGCAUGCGGGGGCGCUGUGCGUCCUACGCCCAGCAGUGCCAGGUGCUCUGGGGCCCGGGGGCCCGGCCCGCCGCGCUGCCCUGCCUGCGGGCAGCCAACACACGGGGUGACGCGUUUGGGAGCUGCGGGCGCCACCCCAAUGGCAGCUAUGUGGCCUGCGCGCCCAGUGACGUCAUCUGCGGGCAGCUCCAGUGCCAAGGGGGCGGCGCGCGGCCCUUCCUGGGGACGGCUGCAGAGCUGCACUGGGAGGUCCUGAACGCCAAUGGCACCCGGCUCAACUGCAGCCGCAUGCGCCUGGACCUGGGCAGCGACGUGGCACAGCCGCUCCUGGCGCUGCCGGGCACCACCUGCGGCCCUGGCCUGGUCUGCAUCGAGCAGCGGUGCCAACCCGCUGGCCUCCUGGGAGCACAGAAAUGUCGCAGCAGAUGCCACGGGCAUGGGGUCUGCAACAGCGAUGGCAACUGUCACUGCGAGGAGGGCUGGACACCCCCCGACUGCGCUGUCCAGAGCAGAGCAACCAGCUCCCUGACCACCGGGCUGCUCCUCAGCCUCCUGCUACUGCUGGUCCUGGUGCUCCUUGGUGCCAGCUACUGGCACCGUGCCCGCCUCCGCCAGAGGCUCUGCCAGCUCAAGGGGCCCAGCUGCCAAUACAGGGCAGCCCAGCCCAUCCCCCCAGAACGCCCAGGACCCCCGCAGAGGACCUUGCUGACGCCAGGUGCCAAGGCAAGCGCUGGCGGCUUCCCGGCCGCCCCCUCCAGGCCGCUGCCUCCUGACCCUGUACGCAAGAGACUCCAGGCUGAGCUGGCGGAUCGACCCAAUCCCCCUAACCGCCCUCUGCCCGCUGACCCAGUGGUGAGGCGCCCCAAGUCUCUGGGGCCCGCCAAGCCCCCACCCCCACGGAAGGCACUGCCCACCGACCCCCAGGGCAGGCGCCCUUCAGGGGACGCACCCAGCCCAGAAGCUGGAUUUCCGCCUUCAGUGGUCCCCUCCAGGCCUGCGCCGCCGCCCCCUGCAGCGUCCUCGCUCUACCUCUAACCUCUCCUGGGGCUCCGCUGCCUCUGCCGUGACUUAGGACAUCUAGAGGCCGACCGCCCCCCACCCCUGGGGUCCCCCCACCCGCGAUGACUGAAGGAGCCCAGCCGCGAUGGAGCUGGCGUCCCGCGACCCCGGGCACCUUCAGGAGCUCUAGAGCAUCACCCUGGGGAUCCGCCUAGCAGCUGCAGACUGAAGUUGGGGAGGGGCUGGGCGCUGGCCGGGGCUGGGGGAGACGUGCACCGCUUGUUUCUAGAGGACGGUCGCAAUAAAAGUGAGAACUGGGAA